AUGGAAAGCAAUUUUACAUACGAAACUUUAAACGAUCAAUGGCACAAAUUUGCUGAAAGAAAUAAACAUAUCGCAGAGAAACAUCUAGGGGUUGUUAACAAUGAUAGUAAAAUUAACAAGACAAUAUCCUUUACACUAGAAAAAUACGAUCAAGCUAAACUAUUAUAUGACAAGUUUUUUACUCAUAAAUUAAAUGAAAAUCAUCUAUUAGCAAAUGAAUUCAUAAAAAGAUCACAUAAUAUGUUUAUUGAAAUAGAUGACUAUUUUGUAAUUGCCAAUUCUUAUAAAAACGGUGCUAUUGGAUUUGAGGAAAAUCAUGAUGCUGCGGAUAUAUUUUUCAAAUUAGCCGAAUUCUUCAAUAUCCCUAGAGAUUCUGAUGGUAUAUUCAGAUAUGCUUGUCUUUUAAUUGAUCAGUUACCAAAUAAUAAUGCAAAUGGAAAUGAACAUAUUUUGAAAAAGAUUUUAACAGUUCUCAGACAAUCUUCCUCCAAGGGAAAUUCAAAUGCUGCCUAUAUAUUAGAUUGUAAAUAUUUAUAUGGAGAACUUGAUAGUAUUAGAAAUCAUAACUUAGCGUAUAAAUAUUUAUCUUAUGCAUCAGAUAAAAGUAAUACUAAUACAAAGGCAAAAAUAAUUGAAAUACAAUUACCAAAUAAAAUGGAAAAGAAUACUGAUAAUUCAAACGGAUUUCUUAAACCACCUGAAAUUAGUUUAAAAGACUGUUAUAUGAGAAACAAUGAUGUUAUGUUAAGAGAAGUAGAACUUUCUCAAGAUGAAA